AUGCACGACGCCGCUGACAGGAGCCUGCACGCCACGGUGAGAGUGGUGCUAAUUGUGCUGGAGUGGUGUGGAGCGAGGCCGGGGCGAGAGACUGUCAUUCGGACCAUACAGGAAGGAGCUGGUGUCUCCUUCCUGGACCAGUCUCAGGACCAGUCUCAGGACCAGUGUCUGGACGGCUGGUGGGUUGCCAGAUGCAGCUGCCCCAUGCAGUCCCAGCGCCUAAAUCACAGCCUCAUGUAA